UUGAAUGAUUUGCGAACGUCUUCAUCUCCAACAAACAAAAAAUAUUUCUUGUGAAAGCAUACACAGCUCUGAUAAAACUUAUUGCGUCUCAUUAAGUAUUUUUUAAAAGAUUAAAUCAUUUUAAAGAAACAAAUCAUGUGCAUGAACUCUUGAAAAUUAUAGUACAAUUUGUAUCGGGCAAGAUGGUGUCGACGAGGCAGAUGAGUAGUAUAGGUGGUGGUAGUGGCAGUGGUGAUGGUGCUGGGCCGUCUCACGCGGAGGCCGUGACGGUGGCGCGCGUAACACGCCACUCCAGUGCCUUACUCCCCGGGGGCUCUUCACCGCACGCCGGCAGGAACAUCAUACAAGCACCCAAAAGCUUUAACACCAAUAUGUUGGAUAUGCCCAUAGAAGUUUUAGAAAAAAUAUUCCGCUAUUUAGGAUUCAAAAGUGUCUCCCACUUGAGAAUGGUUAACCGACAAUUUAAUACAAUAUGCAGUAGUAUGCUCAAUUCAACAUUUCAAAAGCUUCAAAACCAGAUGCUUAAUCGUUUCCAAGCAAUAAAAGCUAAGAUGCCUCGUCGUGAAUCAGCCAGGCGAAGCCACCCUCUUGCCUGUGAAUCCGAUAUCAUUGAAACUCUUCAUAUGAGAUUGAGUUUGUUACAAAUGACCUUUGGUAAACACAUUGAGAGGAAACAUUGUUGUUUUUUUCCUGGAGAGAUACUGGAUGAGGUUUAUAGUAUUUUGUCUUAUUUAAAAACAACAACCAAAUUAGCGAGGCCUUACAAAGUGACGGAUGAGCUCUUUGAUCUAACGACGAUGGCAAUGGAGUACUUCAAGGAACACAUUGAACCAAAUUUACCAGAGAUCACAUAUUUUGGUACAGACUUUUUUGAUAUCACCACAGCAUUUUCACCUGGAGAGUCGAGUAAGUCCUACAUGUGUUUGGACUCGCCUCCGCCCAGCGGUUUCGAGUCCCAACAGGCGAAUAACACAUCAGAGCGUCACGUCUCCUCGCUGAACCUGUACAUGGAGGAGAGCCUGCCGCCCUCACCUCCACCGCCGCAGAGCAAUAUGGUUUUGAGAAAAAGGAUACAUAGGAUCAAACAGGGGAUGAAGAAGUACAACGAUCAACUGUCGGCAUUACGGAGCGAUCUGAGGAGUUGUAAACGUAAAACUGCGUUACAACAGAAACAGAUCGCGGAACAACAGAAACAGAUCGCCGAACAACAGAAACAAACACUGGAAUACGCGAACCGUCUGGAUGACUAUGAUAAGAAGAAUGAGGAGACCAGUAGAAAAUUUCAAACUUUAUUACAGGAGUUGAACAAAUGUAAAACGGAACUGCAGUAUUGGCGUUCGCGUUCACCAGCCGUGCCUCCUUUAUGUGCGGAGUGCGGGGCUUCGUUGAGACUAUCACCAGCACCUUCGUUACAGUGGGCAGCCGGUUCAAGUACGGAGACAAACGAAAUUGAAACGGCUAGUGGGAGUAAAAUUGUCGAGACGCCAGUCGAGGUCAAAGACAAGGACGGCAAGGACAGCAACAGCAAGGACAGCAACGUCAAAGACAGUAAUAGCAAGGAUAGCAACGAGGAUACGAGCACGCCGCCGUCACGCCGCAGAGCCUCCGCUGACGCCACCACGCCCGAUAGAAAGAAGAGGCGACUCACACGACCAAGAAAACUAUAACAUUAUACAGGUGAAACAUACUUGGCUUGAUAAUCAAAGUCAAUAUACUUCAGUUAAAUUUUGACUAAAUGAUGAAAUCAUCAUCACCACAAUGAAACACGAUGAGAAUACGAUUAUAUGAUUGGGAUUAGUUUAUUUGAAUACCAAAAUAGAUUAAACACUGUCGAGUUUACAAUAACUGUUUCUUACUACAACCAAACAAUUUCAGUGUGUGAUAUAGUUCAGAGAGGAAUAACAAUUAGAUUUUUGAAUUUAUAAAGACAUACUGAUUACCAUAAACAUUAAUGUCAAUUUGAGGAAUUAACUAUUCACACUAUUAGUAUUACACAUUAGAAUUUUAAAUAUUUACUAUCAGUACACACUAAACAUAUUCUGUUCAUAAUUCAUAUAUAACAUUGAAAAAUCAACAUAUUUUAAAGGUCUAGCUGAAUCUAAAUAUUUAUUACAAGAUAUUGAUUUUAAUAAGGUUUCUGUUUAUUCUCUUGAAAACGAGAUAACAUCAUUUAGUCAAAUAUUUCAUUGUAUUUUAAGUACUGUCCAAAAUAAGAAUGUGAACUUAGUUUCCAUAUUAAUUUUGUUUUAUAUAGAAAGGAUUGAUGUCCAUAUAUAAAAUCAGUAAGAAAACCGCCUGGCGGAUAAAAUUUCAUAGUAAUAAUUUUGGGAAUGUAGUUGGUUUGAGCUAAGGUAACAAUUUAUAUAUAUAUUAUUAUUAUUUAAAAUCUACUUGUAUUUAUUUCAGCUUUAAAGUAUACGAUGUUGUAACAAAUAUUAUCUUCUAAGACUAUGCGUCCGAAUGUAAGGCAUAUUGUUUCACAAACAGAUUUUCACUACAGAGCCCGUACAAUAUGUAGUCAUUCACUUUUCAAUACUAAUAUAUUAUCUACAAUAGUUGUAGCAAAACAUCAACUAUAACGCAAUACAUAUUUAUAGCACAGCAAUUUUACCAUUUAUUAUUUAUUUAUUGCAUUUUUAUAUUCUCAAAUAUAUUACAAAUUUAUAUAUAUAAAAAAAAUAAUACAUUCUAAUGGAAAUGCCUGUCAUAUUUUCGUGUUAAACAGUGAACUGCAAUAAGAAGGAUUGAGUUGAUAACUUAAAAUAUUUUGUUCAUAAAAUAGAACACAUAAUUUACCACUCGCUUUACAAAUGCCGUCUUUGUUAAAAAAUUAUUUCUAAUGAAGGCUGAUCAUAGUAGAUGUACAUUCAGGGCAGUAUUUAUAUACCAAACAAUAUAUAUGUGUGUGUACUAUGGAUCAUGACGAGUUUUGUGGCCAAUGAGAGGAAUACAUAUAAAAAAUAUUUUAAAAAAAGUUCAAAUGAUGCAUUAAACCUGAAGACUUAGUCUCGUAGCAUAUUGAAUUUAUUUCAGAAGGUGUUCGAACUAAAAGCGUAGUUCUAGAUUUUUAAUUUAAGUAAUUUAGAUGCUCUUCAAAAUUGAUGACAAUAUAACAGAAAUGUUUUAUUUUUAAAUUGUGUUAUGUAAGAGUUUAGUUAAUGGUGUAGUUGUCAUGGAAUCAAAUAAGAUUUCCGUGUAAUUGUGGUGGAGUAAAAAUAACAAUUUACAGGAAACAUUGCUAGAAAUAAACUUAUUCAUAUUAGAAUCACCUGCAUUACAAAAAAAAAAAAAUAUUUUAAUCUGUUACCUAUAUAUAAAUAUUUAGUGUUGCACUUUUUUUUUUAAUUUUAACUCUGCCAUCUGGUUCCAUGACAGUUAUACAUUUUACAGCCCUAGUUAGUUUGUGAAUAGAUUUAAGAGGCGGAAUGUUGUUUUUUAUUUGUAAAUACUAUAUUUAAAAAAAAAAUCUCUUGUGUAAUGUACAAAUAAAUAUAUUUAUGGUUAUAUUAAUAUACAAGGUUAAAGUGAAUAUUUUUGUGACAUGGUGUAUAGAUGAAUGACAGUAGUUGCGGCGUAAUGCCAUUUUAACUAAACUAUCUAUGUGUUUGUAUUUCACGGGCUUCACACAAUUUUUGCAUCAUGUCACUAAGUAUGAGAACAUAUCAAAAUAAAUACAGAACAUCCCGAUCGCGCAAAAUAAGUACAAUAGAUUUAUAAGAGAUUUAUGUUUUAUUUUAUGAAAAUUAAAAAAAAAAAAAUAUAAGAAGAUUGUCUGCUUGUAAAUCAUUCACCUUUAAUUCAAUGAUAUAUGUAUGUAUGACACGGAAUUGUUCAUAACGUCGCAUUUUAUUUUCAUGUAUGUGUAACUGUGGUAAUUAAAUAGCGGUGUGUUAGAAAUAUUGUUCGAUAGAUGAACCACGGCUGUCUUGUAUCUAAUGUAAAUUAAUUAAUUUCUUUUUUUUUUUUUUAAACAACGAUUUAAAAUCGUAUCGCUAGGAUGCGCUUUGAAUUACUUUAUUGGUGCAAAAUGUAGUCUUUGACAAUAAGAUUGUAUAGUUACCAGCUAUUUUCACUAGAGGGCGCUCUUCAUAACAACCGCCACCAUGGUUAUAAAUUGCGGAUGCUAUAUAUUUUGAUGUUUUAUAUUUGAUAUAUACAAUGUGAAAUGCUUACGCGUGUUCGUCUAUGGCUGUCAGCCAAAUGCUACAUUUGCCACCAUUAUAUUUUUGUAUAUAGUUAGUGUUGUACAUACUAUGUAUGCUGUGUGUAGUAACGUAGAAUGUUCCACAUUGUUAGUAUGGUAAGUAGUAUUGAUGAAAUGACAAAAUAGAUUUAUAUAAAAUAAAAAAAAAAUAAUAAUUUAUAUAUUUUUUGAAACGCUAAAAUGAUCCUUAGUUUUGUUAUAGGACGUGUUAUAUUGUGAUGGUAUUUUUGAUUAACAUUACCUAUAUACUUAUAACACAGGAGCUAAGGAGAAGUCGUUUGUCCAACAUGAGUUACACUUACCAAACUAUUUGUUAUUGUAUUCAUGUCUAAGAAAUUGUAUGAUUUCUUUGUAUAUUCUAUAUUCUGGUGAUGUCGACUUGUGUUUCUCUUCCCCAUUCUAUAAAGAGGCAAUAUGUUAAUACAUAGUAUUAUUCAUACAAGCUGCGAUUCGUAAUAGUAAAAGUUUUUUUUUUUUUUAAUUUAAACGAUUGCCGACACAACCAUCUAUACAGAUAAGUACAACACCUUGUCAUAUUAAAGGUGAAUGUUACAUAUGAGUUUGACCUUAUAAUAAUUUAGCCAAUUUAAGUUAUUAUGUAUAUACCAUAAUAUAUUAGUGUAAGUAGACCAUUUUGGAAUAUCAACGCAGCAUUGCCAAGCACAUAAUGUAUUAUCAGUUCUAUAUGUUUUCAUUGAUUGAUUGAUUGGUUGAUUUUUUUUUUAAGUUUUUGAAAAACAUUUCAUUUAAAUGAUUCCGUAGUUUGUCUAUAGAAUUGUAUAGAUGUUUAACAUGUAAGCUAUUUUAAUGUCAACAAUGAAUUUGUAGACUCUAAAUUGAUUAUGUGCUAUAGAUUAGUUGUGAGGGGCUGUCACAGAAUAAUAAUAAUAAUUAAAAAAAAAAUUGUUGUGCCUAAACGUUUUAGUACUUAAUACGCUUGCUACACCCAUGUUAUGUGGGUCGGACAUCGACAACCAUUGUAUGUUUUAACUGGAUUAUUUAUAGUAAUAUCUGCUUCAACAGUGCAAUACGUGAGUAUCCAUUGAAUGGUGUUUUAUAAAUAUAUAUAUAUUAUUUUUUUUUGUGGCAAAUUCAUUUAAAAUUUUCUUUUAAUAAACUAAUUUUAAUGGCUAUAGGGCUGUAAAUUUAGGUUACUAUGUUUCGGUUGUUGGAAAAAUAAAUGCACUAUAAAGCAUUGCGGAGAAUAUUGUGUUUGGGUGGGUGUGUACAACCAGCAAGACUGUCAAUUGCUGUAUAUAUCCUUAUAAUAUGAUAGUUUUAUUAUAAAGUAUUUUUAUUAGACAAAAAUACAAUAAAUGUGUGAAGUCCA